GAUAAACAGCACAGUGAAGGUGGGCCGUCUCCAUGGCGACGGGUAAACAAGGAGCUGAGAAACUGAGCAGAGAAGAUGAAAGAAGGAGCCGACGAGGAGGUUACGUCCGAGGAGGAGAGGAGCAGCGAGGAAGAGGAAGAGGAGGAGGAGGAGGAGGAGGGGGAGGGGGAGGGGGAGGAGGCCUACCAGGAGGCCGCGGCCCCCAGAAGGACCCCCGCGCCCUCCAGGCAUCAACCGGCGCCCCACAUCCCGGAGGCCGUGGACGACUUCCUGAGGAACUUCCUGCGGCGCGCCGGCCUGAGCCGGACUCUGCAGGCCUUCGAGGCGGAGUGGUACGGCUCGGCCCGGAAGCUCCUGACCGGCGCUCUGGGGACCGCGGGCCGCGGCUCCUUCCUCCCCGACGCCGCGGCGCACGGGCUGCUGCUCCGCGGCGCGCUGGAGGCGGCGCGCGGGGAGGCGGGCCGCCUCCAGCGGGCCGUCCUGCUGGCGGCCGGCGGCCUGCGGAGGAUGCAGCGGGAGAGCGACUUCCACCGGCUGCAGCGCCGCCGGGCGGCCGAGCAGAAGGCCCGGCUGCUGGGGGACUGGAGGCGGCUGAAGGGACACCUGCGGGCCCAGGAGCCGGCGCUGCGCCUGCUGGAGGACAAGCGGCGGGCGGCCCUGAGCCACAAGAUGCUCCUGGGCCUGGAGAAGGACCGCCUCCACACCGCCACGGAGGCCCGGAGCAAGGAGGACACGUCCAGCAGCAGGAGGAAGGAGGAGGAGUCCAUCAGCAGCAGGAGGAAGGAGGAGGAGUCCAGCAGCAGGAGGAAGGAGGAGGAGUCCAUCAGCAGGAGGAAGGAGGAGGAGGUGUCCAGCAGCAGGAGGAAGGAGGAGGAGUCCAGCAGCAGCAGGAGGAAGGAGGAGGAGUCCAGCAGCAGGAGAGACGACCCGUCUCCAGACCAGAGACAUCCAGAAGACUGGGAGCCCCGCAGGGGGCCCCUGGAGCCUCACUGGCCUCAGGAGGCCCUCAGGAGCCCCGGGUCCUUCAGCCGGUCCUGGUCCUUCAGGGCCCACCAGCUCCCCAUCAGCUGCAUCGACCUCCACCCACAGGAACGCCUCCUCGCCACCGCCAGUGACGAUCACAGCUGGAGGCUGUGGGAGCUGCAAGCCAACGGGGAGAAGGUGAGCCAGAUGCUGCUGACGGGCGAGGGUCACUCUGAUUGGCUGACCGGCUGCAGCUUCCACCCCGACGGAUCCAAACUGGCAACGACCAGCGGAGACUCCACGGUGCGUGUGUGGGACUUCUCCCGCGGCGGCUGUGGCCACGGCCAGCCCACCUGGGGCUGCUCCUUCCACCCCGGCGGCGCGCUGCUGGCGUCCUGCUCCUCGGACCGCACCGCCCGGCUGUGGGACGUGAGCCGCCGCCGCUGCCGGCUCACGCUGCGCCGCCACGCCGCCGCCGUCAGCAGCGUGUGCUUCCGGCCGGCCUCCGACCUGCUGCUCACGAGCUCGGCCGACCGGACGCUCGCCAUGUGGGACGCCCGGCUGGGCGCCGUCUGCACCGCCGUGUUCCGCGGACACCGGCACCCCUGCAACCACGCGGCCUUCGGCCCGGCGGGCGACGCCGUGGCGUCCUGCGACGCGGUCUACCUGUGGGACGCCAGGAACCCGGCGGCGCCCACGGCCACGGUGGACGCCGGGCCGCUGGCCGCCAACCGGGUGGCCUUCGGCCCGUCGGGGAAGACGCUGGCCGUGGCCGGCGCCGACGGGCGGGUCCGGCUGCUGGACCUGGAGUCCGGCGCGGCGAGCGUCCUGCCGGGCGGCGGCGGCGGCGCCCUGCAGAGCGUCGCGUUCUGCCACCAGGGGGCGACGCUCCUGUCGGCCGGGAGCGACGGGGAGGUCACCGUGUGGACCGGGGUCAGCUGACCACAUUCACAACACCUCUGACCUUCAUCCGUCACGUUAUUGAUCACUCGUCUCGUCCAACAUUAAAAUUCAUUUUCUGAUGAUUUCGGCUUCAUAACAAAUAAAAAUAUCAUUUUUGGCA